GAAACGAGCCAAACUACAGCGGAGGGAGGAGACAGAGAAAGAAAACGACACAGGAGGAGGAGUAAGGGAGGGGGAACUAAAACCCAUGUCUGUGUCAUUCCAGUUUGCAAGACGAGGAGGAAGAGAACAGAGCCAACAAGUGCAUGGGAAGCCAAGGAGAAAGGAAGAAAAAAAGGAGAUUUUCAGGAAUUUUCCAAGACAAAAGAAUCAGCAACGACUGUUUGUACUUAGAAGGUCGCAGGAGGAAGUGGCUGAUUGCUUUCCCCUUGGCUGUGCAGCAUAUUAGUGCUACUGCGUGCUCUUUUCAUUGCUCAUGCAGGGAAUGAUGAAGAGACAGCAGCCUCCCUUUUUCUGAAGGCAACUAGUUAUCUCUUGGGUCUGAUAAGGAUGGUGUGAGUGGCCAGGCGGCUUGUCAGUAUCGGGAUCCCUGUGUUUCAAUUUGCCCUGUGCUUUAGUACGGGAGGCUGGGGCUGUAAGUGGGGCUCUGCAGCUGUGUCCUUUGCUCUGCUGCUCAGAGACCACAACACUUGGAAACUUUGUCACGUCAAGAAAAACUAUAAACAUCGUGGAUUCGAUUGUGUUUAUUGGAUUGCCGCGCUGGAUAAGAAGUGUUUGCUGGUAUAGGAGCACUGUGGAGCCAGACACCUGUGUGAAAGUCUGGGGGUGUGAGUGAUCCAGGGCUAAACACAGUGUUCUCUCAGUAUCUCCUGGUUCUGCUCUAGAGCCACCUGAUCCUGUCACCCAACGGCAGUGGCGAAGAGCGCAGAGCUUUAUUACCCAGGAAGAGGAGGAGAGGGAGGAGGGAAGAGGGAGGUGAAGGAAGAUGCUGCGGUUCCUGCGAAGGACCUUUGGCCGGCGCUCGAUGCAGCGGCACGGCGGGAGAGCAGCAGCAGGAGCCCGAGGUGGUCCUGGAUUCCGCGGAAGGGAUGAAAGGGACGGAGGGAUGAGGGCAAUUAGUGCUGCUGCUUCCCCUGGUGGUGCGGGACUUUACCCGCCCCCGACCCUGCUGCCACCCCCAGUCCACAGCGGAGGAGCUACGGUCCACAUCCCCGCGGCAGGGGACAGCAAAUCGUUGCUGAGCUGUAAAGUGCAGUUGUUGGACGGAACGGAUGUCGGUGUAGACUUGCCGAAACAUGCCAAAGGACAGGAUUUGCUUGACCAGAUUGUAUACCAUUUGGACCUAGUGGAAACUGACUAUUUUGGCCUACAGUAUAUGGAUGCUGCUCAAGUUUCGCACUGGCUAGAUCCCACUAAGCUUAUAAAGAAACAAAUAAAAAUUGGACCUCCUUAUACUGUGCACUUUCGAAUUAAGUAUUACUCAUCUGAACCAAAUAACCUUCGUGAAGAGUUUACACGGUACCUUUUCGUAUUACAGCUUAGACAAGAUAUUCUUUCAGGAAAAUUGAAAUGUCCUUACGAGACUGCUGUGGAAUUAGCAGCUUUGUGUUUACAAGCGGAGCUUGGUGAGUGCGAGCAUUCAGAGCAUUCCCCAGAGUUGGUGUCAGAAUUCAGGUUCAUUCCGAACCAGACCGAAGCAAUGGAACUGGAUAUCUUCCAAAAAUGGACAGACUGCAGGGGUAAAACUCCAGCUCAGGCUGAACUCUGUUAUCUAAAUAAAGCCAAAUGGUUAGAAAUGUAUGGGGUCGAUAUGCAUUUAGUGAAGGGCAGAGAUGGAUGUGACUAUGCACUUGGACUGACGCCAACAGGGAUCUUAAUCUAUGAAGGCUCCACUAAAAUAGGUUUAUUCUUCUGGCCCAAGAUAACCAAAAUGGACUUUAAGAAAAGCAAGUUAACACUUGAAGUAGUAGAAGAUGAUGAGCAGGGUAGAGAACAGGAGCAUACUUUUGUUUUCCGCUUGGACAGCUCCAAAGCCUGUAAACAUUUGUGGAAAUGUGCGGUAGAGCAUCAUGCUUUCUUCAGACUCCGAACACCAGUGAAUAAUAAACCCAGUCGAUCAGACUUUAUAAGGCUUGGAUCACGAUUCCGAUUCAGUGGUCGAACAGAAUAUCAGGCAACUCAUGCAGGAAGAUUACGGAGAACUAGCACGUUUGAAAGGAGACCUAGCAAGCGAUACCCAUCACGAAGGCAUUCUACAUUCAAGGCUAACAAUCCAAUGAAGCCACCACAGUUCUGUGCUAAGAAUAAUUCGGAGAUACAAAAAUAUCAGCAACAGUACCUUCCAAGUAUACAACAAAGUCAGCAACACUGGCACCCUCAUAUGUCUCCUAAUAUAAGGCCAUCUUCUCAUGAUGACAGGUCGUUUUGGAAAGCUUCUCCCAGUGAUGAUGUCAGGAAUUCACGGUUCAUCCAAGAGCAGAAUCACAAGAACCUGGGAGUCCCUGAAAGUGUGAUAUAUCAAGAUAAACUCAUGACAACUCUUUAAGUCUCAGAGCAAUGCAUGUCAUUGCCAGUCUUUCUUAUCCAUUGCAUUCCAUUAAGUCAUCUGUCUGUCCCAGUCUUAACUUACCUGUUGUUUUUUCAAUAUAUCAGUUAUUCAGUAUAGAUUGGUCUAUAUAUGUUAUCACAUGAUUAUUAUUUUUUUAAACAUUGCCAAUAGAGCUGCAAUUUUAAGGUUAUGUGAGGAUUUGUGUGUGUGGGGUUGUUGCAUUCAUCUUUUUAGAUGGUGUUGAGGUUACAUUUAUUUCAUUUAUCACAUACCCCAAGGGUUCUAUUCCAUCAAGGUACACCCAACUGACCAAAGGCUAAGGGCAUUGAGUUGAAACAAUUAAAAUAAUUGUUUUCACCAACAUAAAUAAUAUUCAGCCAUUAAAGUCACUUGUUUUGACCCAAGGCAGAACAGUGGCUAAACUUAGAACAUAUUGCACAGACAAACUGAAACUUACCUUUGAAAACAAGUGAAUCCUGUAUAACAAGGUGAUAUUUAUUUGUGCAUUCUGUGCAAUGGGAAAUAAUGAGCAACAUCAGCUUUGGGAUAGAGCAAGCUGGUGCUUUUUAGUGAUUCCAUUCUACGUGGAAAUGGUUUACUUUCAUUUUAGACCAAUAUGGCCUGGUGCAUUUAAAAUGUCUUCCUGUGUUUCUACCAUGCCUGUAACUUACAUACAAACAUGUACCACAUAUAAUCACAACUAAAGAGGGACACGUAACUGUGACUUGUUAUGGAACCAAAAUAUUUUAAAAAGUUAUACUUUUAAAUAUUCCUCAAAAACUUUUCAUUGCUUGUGGUAAAAUCACUAUGCCAGGGACCUUAUUUAAAUUGCUAGCCCCCAUAGAGUAAGGUAUGCUUUACAGGGGGCACAGGACAUGUCCUGUAUGAUGUGUGUGCUUUUUUGUGAAGAAUAAUUGGUUAAAACGCAUGUUUUUCAAUUGUAGAAAGUACUUUUGGUUAAUAAGUUCCAUUUGUCACCUGAGGACUGGGUAAGAAUAAGAUCUGCACUAGAGGUGUUCCGUUCAGUGUUGCAGUGGUGUUAGACUACUAGAUGGAAAAGCCUUGGGUCUUUUUUUGGAUGUUCUUUAUCUUUGUGUUUUUUUUUUAUGAUUGUAGACUUAACUGAAUAAGGUGGGGGGAACACAUAUGGAAAAAAUAUGCAUAAGUAGCAUUUAUUGUCUAUUUCCUUUUCCAUAAUUAGAUCAUAGAACACAAGCACACAAGCUUAAUGUGAUCAUAUGAAUCUUUCUAUGUGCUUCUAAAUUUCUAACCAAAUGCAAGCUACUACAGUAUAUUGCGUAGCUUGGCUGAUGCAUCCAGCAUAGAUUUAUUUAAUAUACAACCUUUAUAAGGAAACUGAUAUAGCAGUGCCUUGUGCAGAGGUGUCUGGUCUAUUAUGCCAUUGCUCUUACUGUUUCACACUUCAAUAGAUGUUUUAUUAUUUUUAGAAUAGUUUUCAAGGAAAUAAAUGUAUAUGACCAACAUAAUUUCGAAAGAUCCAGUUUGUGAUAGGUUGAACAAAGUCACAAAUAGAAUAUUAUCAAAAACAAAAUAAAUGAAGACUAAGGUAAGAUGCAAACAUGCUCAGCAUAUUUAAUAUAUAAUAUACAGUUGUGUUCAGAAUAAUAGCAGUCCAACAUCACUAACCUGAUCAAUCACUGUUUUUGGUAAAAAUUAUAUUUCUAUAUGGCAAAUAAUUUACUAGUAGGUGUAGAGUAAUAGAAAACCAACAGACAUGACACACACACAAACACACACACACACACACACACACACACACACACACUCACUCACUCACUCACUCUCUCUCUCUCUCUCUGUCUCUCUGUGCUGUUGCUUCUGGAGAUGUCUGGGCACCUAAAGUGAUGACCUCCAGCAGAAACACAAAAGUGUGCAUGGCAUUGCGCUGUAAACCUAGAAAAUCUUUUGCUACUUUAGAAGCAGCAGAUAUUUAUUUACAAAGUGUAGAAAUGUGCAGUAGUUGUACAUUCUAGUUAGCUGGGGCAAAGCUGUUAUAGAGGUGUAGAGCAACAAUUACUCUGAUCAGAACUACACCUGGUUACAGUGGAUUUUUUCUUAUCAGAAGGGCAUUUCUCCUUUAAUAGGCAUUAAAAUUUUAUUUUUCUUGUUUCAGCAUGUCCUCAUACUGAAAUAAAAUAAAAAAUAGAUAAAUGCUACUUAUGAGUCAUAUUUUCCCUUUUAAAAUGCACUUGAAGCUUUACUUCCAUAAGUAUGUUUAAUUCUGCAUAAACGCUUUUUAAAUUAUUCUAGUACCUGCUGCUGGGACAACGGGUGUAACCAAUUGUGCCUUAUGAUGUAAAAAUACCUUUUACUUUUAAUUAAUUAAUUGAUUGAUCUGGCAAAGCAGUUCAUGUAGUUUUAAUAUAUAGUAUUUAAUUCAUUCAAAAUAGAGUAAUAUUGUCUUGAGCAUUACAAAACACCCAAACCAAAGCUUUGUAGUUUCUAUUUAAUAAUGAAUUUGCUUGAUCGUAUAUUUAAAUGCAUUAUUGCCAGCUCAGUGUGUUUGCCAGAAUCGCUGGGGAAAAAUAAUUGUAUACAAAAUAUGUUCAAAUAAGAGGUAUCUUCCUAUUUGGGACAUUUUAAUAUUUAAAUUGUGGAUUUUUUAACACAUUUAAGCUAAUUUAUAAGGCAAGCUUGUGGUUAAAAGGGCUUGCUACAUGCUUUAAAAUACUUCUGUGCGCAAAUAUAUUGAAUUUUUAAUUCAAAAUAGUUUUUUAUAUCCUUAAACAGAGUGCCAUUGGGUGUUAAUGGUUGUUAAAAUAAAUCAGUGGCCUUAAGUUUUUUGAAUAGAUUAUUUCUUUUGUAAAAUAUAUUUGUUUACAGAUAUUUUCAGUGUCAUUUGUUUGAAUAUUAAUUUGUGCUAGGUGCAAAUAAAUAUGAAACUGUUCAAAAUCA